UUAUGUUAAAUUGUUAUUUGAAUACACCGCCUAUUUCAAGAUGUCUAGUGUAUUAAGACAGAUAUGGAGUAUUCGAGUGAUGUUGAUUAUGUUUUUGACUCCUUUAAUCCUACUUCCAUUGCCGUUAUAUAUUGGAACACAGGAGGCAAAGGCUGCUUUCGUGUUGAUAAUGAUGGCUGUAUACUGGAUAACCGAAGCUGUACCAAUAGCUGUCACUGCCUUACUACCAGCCUUUAUGUUUCCGAUGUUAGGGGUUGUGAAAGCUAAAGAUAUCGCCCCUGCGUAUAUAUCCGACACUAUCAUGGUAUUUAUGGGCGGGUUGAUUAUGGCUGUUGCCAUAGAGACAUGGAAUAUACAUAGACGAAUGGCGUUGAGGGUUCUUUUAUUAUUUGGAUCGGAACCUAGAUGGCUAAUGCUGGGUCUUAUGGUUUCCACCUGGUUUUUAUCUAUGUGGAUCAGUAAUUCAGCAACAACUGCUAUGAUGAUACCAAUUGCUGAAGCUAUAUUAAUACAACUCAAGGGAACCAGUGAAGCACUGAAAGAACAAUCUGAUCAUAUAGAGGAAGGUAACCAAGGCAGUGAUGAAAAGAAGACGCGUCCUUCAGACAAAGGAACUGAAAAUAUAAAUAGUGGUGAUAAUGAUGGUGAUGAUGGUGAUAUUCAACACAAGAAGAUUUGUAAAGCUAUUUCAUUGUGCAUUUGUUAUGCUGCCAAUUCCGGUGGUAUCGCAAGUCUUACUGGUACGGGGCCUAAUCUUGUUGUACGGGAUCAAGCAGAAACGGUAUUUGCACAAUACAAUGAACAAUCUCCUAUCAGUUUUACAAGUUGGAUGAGUUUUGGGUUUGCUCUGUCGUUUAUAUUGAUGAUUACGUGUUGGGGUUGGUUACAGAUUAUAUAUUUAAGAUGCAGAACUGCCUGUAGUUGUUGUUCGGUAGACCCUCUACGUAAAAGUAAUGGUGAAAGAGUGAAACAAGUCAUCCGGGAACAAUAUGAAGCUCUUGGUCCUGUCACUUACGCCCAGGGUUCUGUGAUGCUUCUGUUCGGUUUAUUGGUUAUAUUUUGGAUUAGCCGAGAUUUGGGUGGAAUUGGCGGCUGGGGUGAUCUGUUCAGAGAUGAUUACGUAAAAGAUUCAACACCAGCCCUCCUACUGGUGCUUCUUCUGUUCUUUUUACCGUCAAAGGCACCAAAAGUAUUUUGUAUGGCAGAUAAAUAUAACGAUAAGGUUGGGACACCGCGACCAUUAUUAAUAUGGAAUGAUGUACACGAAAAGUUACCAUGGGCGCUAUUUCUGUUACUUGGAGGUGGAUUUGCUUUAGCUAAAGGUUGUAAGGAUUCUGGUUUGUCUCUGUGGAUUGGAGAACAGUUGGAGGUGUUUAAAGGUUUGAAUCCAUAUGUAAUGUUAAUAAUACUCUGUUAUCUAACUGCUGCUUUGACGGAAGUUACAAGCAACGUCGCUAUAGCAACAAUAAUCAUGCCUAUUUUGUCUACACUGGCAAUCAAUACGGGUGUUAAUCCACUGUUCUACAUGAUCCCAGCAGCUAUCUCUGCUUCAUUUGCCUUUAUGUUACCAGUAGCAACAGCACCUAAUGCUUUGGCUUUUUCAUACGGCCAUCUUAAAAUCACAGAUAUGGUGUCUGCUGGGUUUGUACUCAACAUUGUGGCAGUGCCACUCUUAGUUAUGGCGACUUAUUUAUGGGGUAAUGCUGUUUUUAACCUGGAUGUCUUACCACCUGGAUUUAAGAUGAAUGUGACACAAAAUGCGGAUGUCACAACUAUAUGAUUAGCAACUGCAGUAAACAUAGUUUUAUAGCAUCUAUGUUUAUUAGUUACUAAAUUGUAAGACUUCUUCUCUGAUAUGUACUUCAUAAAUACCUGUUAAAUAAACAUUCCGAAGAACUAUAUUAAUGGCAAAAUACCGGUAAAAAAUAGACAACAGCCUACAGUACACAUACAAUAAAUUAGAAAGUAAUACCCAAUGCACACAUUUAUUUAUGUUACUUUCUAUGUGACGAUUCGUGCGUUUAAAGAUACAUUAUGGGAGAUUAGAUAUACUAUUAUAGUUGAAUAUACUAAACUAACAAUGAAUAAAAAUAUUUACAUAAAAACUAA